AUGCUGGCCGGACUUUACACUCUCUGCUUGAUCGACCGUACCAACAUUGGAGGUGCACGUAUCUCUGGACUGGACCAAGCGGUAGAUCUUGAUGUUGGGAAUAGAGCCUCAGUCAUUAUACUCAUUUUUUACGUCGGCUAUAUUGCGAUGGAAUUGCCAUCAAACAUGCUGCUUCGAAAGUUUGGAGCUGCUACCUGGCUAUCAUUCUUAGGAGUUGCUUGGGGACUUGUUGUUCUGGGCUUUGGCUUCAGCAAGAAUUGGCAAACUGUGGCCGUGCUUAGAGUCAUGCUUGGAAUAUUGGAGGCAGGGUUGUUUCCUGGGGUGAUUUAUCUUGUCGGAUCUUGGUACACUCGAUACGAAAUUCAAAAGAGGAUUGCCGUGGUGUUUCUCUCAGCAGCAUUUCUCUCUUCGUUUGCCAACAUUCUAGCUUAUGGGCUGACCCAGAUCGCAUCUAACCCAGAACUUGGAGGCUGGAAGUGGAUCUUCAUCGUCGAAGGCGCUCUGACUGUGGCAUUGGCUCUGGGCGCUUAUUUUAUCCUCAUUGAUUUUCCAGACUCCAAGCGAAACAAGUUCUUAAGCACCGAAGAGAUCGAAGUCAUCAACGCGAGGUUGAUCCGCUCCCGAGGAACACUAGAGGGAGGCAAAGUGACUUGGCGAAUAGUCAAGGAUACUGUUACUGAUUGGCAGGUUUGGACAAUUGGCACUGUUUAUAUGAGUGGCUCCUGUGGCACAUACGGCUUUCUCUUCUUCCUUCCGAUCAUUCUUCGCCGUGGAUUGGAGUAUUCGCAACAGUUGGCGUUCGUCCUCACAGCACCACCAGCUGCAGUAGCGAUUGUUUAUGGUCUCGCACUAGCUUGGGCGGCGGACAAGUAUCGUGUUCGGGGUCCUUUCAUCCUGCUUCAUUGCACGUUUGGUAUCGUCGGGCUUUGCAUGAUUGGCUUUCUGCAGGCCCCCACCCCACGAUAUGUUGGUAGCUUUCUCGGUCAGUGUGGUACCAAUGGUCUCAUUGUCACUGGUCUCGCAUGGGGCCAAAACAACGUCAGAGGAGACGCGAGGAGAAGUGUCGUUACUGCGAUUUUCAUCAUGUUGGCGGGAGUCGGAGGUAUCUAUUCAGCCUUGGUGUUCAGACAACAAGAUGCCCCAAAUUACCUGCCAGGUGUCAUCGCGACCGGCGCGCUAAUACUCCUUGCAGCUGUUCUCACCCUUAUCACCUCUCCUUUGCUGAUCAGAGCAAACCGACAAGCUGACGCUGGAAAACUAUUGAUUGAAGGUUCAGCAGAGUUCAGAUAUACCUGGUAA